UUUGCACCGCACAGCUUAGCUGUCAUUGGCUGCUGUUUGUUUUCUUCAAAACGGACGGCGCAACUCGAUUAUUCAAGUAAUGCCUUCGUUUUAUCAUCAUUUAAUAAUACAGACAGUUGUCAAACGUAAAACUAUUAAAUUGAAUCGAUUUUCAUAUCUUUAACCACUGAAGAUAAUUGUUGUUUUAAAUACCUGACUCAGUGCUAACGGACAUUUAUUAGCUCGCUUCUUGUGUUAAUCUCCUGUAAAAGAAGCAUUAGAUAACCUUAGUCUUCUCUCUCGAUCAGCUUGUUACAGCUGUUUUCUCCUUUUCUUUCAAUGCUGAUACUGUGCAACGCCAGCCAUGCUUAAUUUUCCAGGAGCAAAACCAAUGCUGAUUUGGUUUCUGCGUCUGUUUGACGCGCUAGCAUGAUAUUUUUACAUUUGCUUCCGCCUAGGCGAGUGGUUCUUAACCUGGGUUCGAUCGAACCCUUGGGGUUCGGUGAGUCUGUCUCAGGGAUUCGGGAGAGCCUCCAAUGCGGAGGUCCGAACACGCUUGAUUUAUCGUGUAAAUUCGUGACGACGCAUAUCUGAACUGGUUUCGCAAAGGCACACUGAUUUGCAGGUUAAGAACCUCCGCCCUUGGCUGCAUCAUCAACAUGGAAACGGAGGUCGAAUUUCUUCGUGAUCAAGUCCGCAGGCUAAAUUCAUCUCUCAGCCAGUAUCAGCGUGAGGAGCAUGCACGCACCAAACCAUCUCAGAGAUACGAGGAAAAGAAGGCCCCUGGAGAUGCUCCCUGGCUCUCUGAUAGGAGUAUAAUGGCUCCAUUGAUAGCCGAGUAUGAUCGGCACAUUGAUGAAAUGUCUCAAAAGCUGCAGAAAUAUCAGGUGUCAAUGACAGAUGUCAAAGAAAGGUUGGAGACUGUUGUCCAGGAAAAUGAAAGGCUGCAUGCAGAACUCAGGGAAUCAGUUGAGAAGCAGCUUCAGUCACCCUCAAAUAUUUCUGGAGUGGAGAUGAGCACAGUGGAGAAAGAAGGAGUGGUUGAAAACCUCCAAGAACAAAUCAAGCUUUCGGAACAGGAGCGGAUGCAGGCCAUGGAGUUGUGGCAGACAGCAGCACUUGAGCUUGAUCGCCUCCAGGAGUUCUACCAGAAGAGUGUCACUGAUAAGCAGAGCGCUAAUGCUAAAGAACAGCAACUCAAGGAUCAAAUCGUAGUUACCCACCAGCACACGCAGCAACUCCAAGCGUCCAAUCAAGAACUACAAUUGAUCAAUCAGCAGCUACUAAAAACAGUGACAGAACAGAGUACAGAGAUGGAGGGGCUACGCAGCCAGCUCAGAAUAACCAAAAGUGAUUUGGGGACGGCCACAACCAAAGUGGAAGAAAUGAACAAGCAACUCCAGUUAGUUCAGCACCUGCUAAAGAGACAGGAGGAAGAGCGUGCAGAGGCUCGCAGCCGAGAGGAAGCGGCAGAGAGACAAAUUCAACAGCUUCAGUUAACCAUCAGUCAGAAGGAGACAAGGCUCAAAACAACAUCGCAGGAGGCAGAUGAUGUUCGAGGAGAACAAACUAUGUGGGAGCAAAUGUCAGGGAACCUUAAGGCCCGAUGCGCUACCUUAGAACAGGAGAAGUAUGAUGCUCUGGACAAAGUUCGAGAGAGUCUGCAGAUGGCUGAGGAGGCAGUACUGCAGAAGAAUGAGGCUCUGUUAAGAGAGCAACAGAUGAUGGAGGAACUUGAGAAGACAAAGACGGUCAUUCCCCAGCUGAUUGAGAAUGCUGCAGUGCGCACCGGAAAAGAGGUGGAUAAUAUACGCAAGCAGUGCAAUGUUGAGCUCCGUCGUAUGGCUGAGAAGCUGUCAUUAUUGCAACUGGAGUGUGCAGAAAAAGAAUCUCAGAAUGAGAGGUCAAAGCGAGAGAAAAAAGCUUUAGAGGAAGAACUUGCAAAGGUAGUUAAGGAGAGUCGGGCAGAACCAGAGCUUGGGAAAUUUGAUGUCCUUCACCAGAGAUGUCUCACUGCAGAGAGGAUGAAAGAUGAAAUAAGCAUUUCUUUACAAAGUACACAAAGCAAACUAAAGAAGAUAGAAUUGGGCUACAACGAAGAAUUGUCCCGUAGUCAGGAAGAAGUUCAGCGACUAAAGGGCUCUUUGGCUGCAGCAAGAGAGGACUGUGUCAAAAUCAGUGACGAGCGACUCCAGCUGCAGCAGGAGAACUUUCAAAUACGCAGAGAGAUGGAUGAACUGCGUAAGGCCUCCAUGCUUGUCCAGAAGAAGGCCAAACAACAGGUGUCACAGAUGGAGCAAGAGUACAGCCUAAAAGAAAAGUCUCUUAGUGCACAGAUGAGUGACUUGGAGAAGAGCAGUCGCAACUCAAGUGCUGAUCUAAUGCGUCUUCUAACUGCACAAAACAAAAGUAUUCAGCGCUUGAAAGACGAGGGGAAGAACAUGGCCCAAGCCUUUGAAAUAAAAAUGAAAAAUCUCAAGGCAGAGCUGAAUCAACAAAAGCAGCGGUCACACGAGCUCGAGCUCCAGCUGGCUAAUAACUUGAAAAUUCUUGAAGAGUAUGAGAGACAGCUAGCAGAGUCUCAAGAGAAGUCCACUCGCCUUCAAAGACGACUAACUGAUGUUGAGCAACGUGCAACUACUGCUUCACAACGGAUUUCAGUUAUGGCAUCCAAUCAAAGGAAAACUUACUUUUGUGAGCCAAAGCAUGAAUGAAGGCAUUUUUCACAGAUCUAUUGGAACUGUGAUAGCUGUCAUUUUGUAACAUAUUGUUGAUUUGAUUUUGAGUUGUAAAGGUGCUUCAGGAAUGUUGGCAAUCCACUAGUCCUCUGUUACUGGAACAUUUUCAGUAUUUCAAUAUUUUUAUUUGUGUGCAACUGUGUAUUGAUAUUUUGUAGUUUGUUUCCCCUAGUAAUGUUUCUAAUAAACAGUAAACGGAAUACACAA